AUGUUCAUGAAAACCAUGCUCUGGACCUGCAGGCAAGACAUGAAGCACAGGUUGGCAAAGCCAUUCUACAUUCUCUGUUCAAGUGACUUAUUCAGGGGUCGCUACCCCGAGAACCACGUCAGUGGCCACCCCGGUCACAACGAUGGUGCCUACCCCGGUCACGUCGGCACCUACACCGAGCACCACCCCGACAACGAUGGCGGGAGCGGGGGCACCAGUGACGGCAGCGAGCCCAGGAAUGACAAUCUCUACGGAUGGAGGGGCCACCCCGGGAUUGACAGUCUCAUUUAUCCCGGGAAAGCAAACUCGCUGGUGGAUGUAUUGUCCCGCCUCCCACAGCACGAAAGCCGACAAAAUGUACUGCAUGAAGGAGGGAAAGCAGCACUGGCCAAAGGAUCGCUGAGUGCCAAUGACCUGCUGAGCCUGUUCAAGCACCCAGAGGCUGAGACCCAUGUGGCCGUUCAGGCAGCUGAGUUGAUGGACACAGCAGUGGAGCUCAUUCGGCAGCUUGUUUACACUCAGGAGAAGCGGAACCGCAACGUGACAGGGAUCCUAAGUGGCCAUGGUCUCUCCAGCUUGGCAAAAGUGACUGGCUGUGCUGCCCAGCUCAGGCUCAUCAAGUGCUCAGACUCCUGUUUAGCCGAUAAGUACAGAUCCAUAGAUGGAACCUGCAACAACAGGAAGAACCCUCUUUGGGGAGCAGCAAACACAGCCUACGCCCGCUGGCUCCCUGCAGACUAUGAAGAUGGGUUCUCUGUACCAAAAGGGUGGAAUAAAUCCAAGGUCUAUAAGGACUUCCCGUUACCUUUGGUGCGCCAGGUGUCCCAUGAAAUCUUGCAUACUCAGAAUGAGAACAUCUCUCUGGACAGUUCCUAUACGCACAUGCUGGUGGAAUGGGGACAGUGGAUCGAUCAUGACAUGGAUCUCACACCCCAGAGUGCCAGCACAGUCUCUUUUAUGGAUGGAGUAGAUUGUUCUCAAGCUUGCAUUAACCGGAAUCCAUGCUUCCCUAUCCAGAUCCCUGCCGGUGACUUGCGUCGGGGUGAGGGGGCGAUGGAGUGCCUGCCCUUUAUCCGCUCCUCUCCAGCUUGUGGCAGUGGUGAAUCCAGCUUCCUGGUGGGACAGCUGCAGCCGCGAGAGCAACUGAACAGCCUCACCUCCUUUGUUGACGGCAGCAUGAUAUAUGGCAGCACAGCCUCGCUAGCCAGCAGGCUCCGCAAUCUCUCCCAGGAGCUGGGCCUGCUAGCCGUCAACCAGGAGUUCUCUGAUGGUGGCCUCCCUCUUUUGCCAUUUGCUGAGAGGAAAUUCCCAAACCCUUGUGCCUUGACACGGAACGCCUGUCUUCCCAAUGUGUCUAACAUCCCCUGCUUCAUAGCGGGAGAUUCACGGUCCAAUGAGCAUUUAGGAAUACAAGUCCUACACACGGUGUUUCUGCGGGAGAGCAACAGAAUCGCUGCCACUCUCCACCAGCUCAACCCCCAGUGGAGCGGGGAGAUUCUGUAUCAGGAGACGAGAAAAAUCAUUGGCGCAUACCUCCAGAUUAUAAACUGGAGGGAUUAUGUCCCGAAGAUCCUUGGCCCAGAUGCCACCAAGGUUUACCUGCCUCCAUACUCUGGUUACAACGAGUCCAUUGACCCCAGCGUCUCCAAUGUCUUUGCCACAGCUGCCUUUCGUUUUGCUCACGUCACCAUCAAUCCUUUCCUUUCCCGUCUGGAUGAAAACUAUGAGGAGAAUCCCCAUCACCCCAGCAUUUCUCUUCAUCAGUCUUUCUUCUCCCCAUGGAGGAUCAUUGAGGAAGGAGGGAUUGAUCCUGUCCUGAGAGGAGAGGUAUUCAGCUGUGCAAAGCUGCAGACACCCACUCAAAUGAUGCCGGAGGAGUUGACCGAGAAGCUGUUUCAUCCCAAGAAGGCCCUGUCCCUUGACCUAGCGGCACUGAACCUGCAAAGAGGCCGGGAUCACGGACUGCUAGGUUACAACUCCUGGAGGAGAUUCUGCGGUCUUCCAGAGGCUGACACUUUCUCUGACUUACAGCAUAUCCUCAACAGCAGUUACUUGGCUCACAAACUGCUCAAGCUCUAUGGGAUGCCUGAGAACAUUGAUAUCUGGAUUGGUGCCAUAGCAGAACCUCUCCUCCCUAAUGCCCGAGUCGGAGAACUUCUUGCUUGCUUGCUAGGAAGGCAGUUCCAGGCCCUACGAGAUGGGGACCGAUUCUGGUGGGAGAAUGAAGAGGUGUUCACUCCACGCCAAAGAGAAGAGCUGGCAAAGGUAACCUUGUUCCAAAUCCUCUGCCAGAACACACACCUCAGCCACCUCCCAGCAGACGUCUUUUCAAGCAGUCACUUUCCAGAUGACUUCGUAUCCUGCAAAAGCCCCCAAAUUUCAAAAGUGGACCUGACAGCAUGGAGAGAAGAUCCAACAGAUACGCUAUGUGGUCCAGUCCCAAUGGUCAAAGAUGCCUACUUUGUACGGUGCAAAUCACUGGUGUUCUUUGAAUGCAAGCAAGGUUACACACUGGAGGGUCCUUCUGCUAUUGCCUGCAAUGCCAAGGAAAGAGAAUGGAGCACCAUCUUGCCUAUUUGCCAAGGAUCUGCGGUCACUGGAGGAAAGGCCAUACAUAUCAAAGUGGUUGCCCGCUGCCUCAACUAA